AUGACACGGCUCUCAACAGUACUAGCGCUGGCAUGCGCGUCCUUCGGUGCGGCCCGUAAGCCCACGCUCGAGGAACGUGGCGUCCCUGUGGACCCUACAGGAGUGAGGACUAUCACGUCGCCGCAGGGCGCACAGAUCCGGUUCAAGCAGCCUGGCAAAGAUGGCGGGAUUUGCGAGACUACGCCGGGGGUAGAUGAUUACGCAGGGUAUAUCAGUCUAGAUGAGACGACAAACAUGUUCUUUUGGUUUUUCGAAGCCAGGACGAAUCCAAGUGAAAAGCCACUGACUUUGUGGCUAAAUGGUGGGCCGGGUUCGGAUAGUUUGAUUGGACUUUUGCAGGAACAUGGCCCUUGCAAUGUCACGGAGGAUUUGAAGACACAGCUUAAUCCGUACUCCUGGAACGAGGAAUCCAAUAUGCUCUAUCUAUCCCAACCAGUCGGCGUCGGGUUUUCCUACGAGACCACUCGAACGGAUGCAGAUGGCCGCUAUUCUCUAGUCGACCCAGACAAAGCCAACACAACCCACGCUGCAGCCGUGGGUGCAUGGCACAUUCUGCAAGCCUUCCUGGAUCUCUCGCCCCAGCUCGACCCCGACAUUCAAAACUUCACCUUCAACCUCUGGACCGAAAGCUACGGCGGACACUACGGCCCUGGGUUCUACAAUUACUUCUACCAGCAGAAUGAAGCCAUCAAGAACGGUUCAAUGCAGGGUGUCGAGCUGUCAAUGGACACCCUCGGUAUAAUCAACGGCAUCAUCGAUGAAGAAAUCCAGGCGCCGUACUACCCCGAGUUCGCUGUAAACAACACCUACGGCAUCAAAUCCAUCAACGACACCAUCUACAACUUCAUGAAGACCGCAUAUUACAUUCCUGACGGAUGCAGAGACCAAAUCCAACAAUGCAAGGAAGCACUCAGAGAGGACGCCAGCAGCGACGACACGUACGUCUACUGCUCAAUGGCAACCGACCUCUGCAGAUCCAUGGUCGAAGAACCGUACUACGCCUACGGCGGCCGCGGCGUGUACGACAUCCGCCAUCCAUACGACGAUCCCACGCCGCCGGAUUACUUCAUAGAUUUCUUGAACCUGGCGAGCACGCAGGAGGCCCUGGGCGUGAACAUCAACUACACGAGCGCCAGUUCGCGGAACGUGUCUUACGGAUUCCAAACUACGGGCGAUUUCGUGUACCCGCUUAUCGACGACCUAGAAGAGAUCCUCGAGUACGGCGUCCGCGUCGCGCUCAUCUACGGCGACGCGGAUUACAUCUGCAACUGGUUCGGCGGCGAAGCCAUCUCGCUGGCCGUCAACUACACGCACUCUGAAUCCUUCCGCGCCGCGGGCUACACGCCGUUCGUCGUUAACGGCGUGGAGCACGGUGAGACGAGGGAAUACGGGAACUUUUCGUUUACGAGGAUAUACGAGGCUGGUCACGAGAUUCCUUACUAUCAGCCUGAAGCCAGUUUGGAGAUUUUCAAGAGGGUGCUGGAGGGCUUGGUGAUUCCCGACGGGAGUAUGGCUGUGACGGGGGAUUAUGCGACGAAUGGGAGUGCUAAGGCGACGCAUACGGAGGCGUUCGUGCCGUUACCGCCGACGAGUACGCCGAGUGCGAAUGCGACGGCGUAG